CUUGCACUAUCGGUGAUUGUAUUUUCGGAGGCUUCGAGCUCAAUUGACGAAUUUUCGUCUAAUUUCUACUCUACUAAUUCGCUGCAAGAAUGACUGGUCGCGGAAAGGGAGGAAAAGGAUUGGGAAAAGGAGGUGCUAAACGUCAUCGAAAGGUUCUUCGAGAUAACAUUCAAGGAAUCACCAAACCCGCUAUUCGUCGUUUGGCACGCCGUGGUGGAGUAAAGCGUAUCUCUGGAUUGAUCUAUGAAGAAACACGAGGAGUGUUGAAAGUAUUUCUGGAAAACGUUAUUCGUGAUGCUGUUACUUAUACUGAACACGCGAAAAGGAAGACGGUUACAGCAAUGGACGUUGUAUACGCUUUGAAACGACAAGGACGUACUUUGUACGGAUUUGGAGGUUAAGAGACAAUGUGAAUUCAUUCACUGCACAAACGGCCCUUUUCAG